AUGGUAUUUUCGUGUUGUGUGAAAGGUUGUAGAAGUGAAAGUUACCCUGAAUGUGGUUUGUCAUUCCAUAGUUUCCCGGUGAAGGAAGAUGCACUGAAAGCAUGGAUCAAAGUAGUUCCGGUAAAAGGAUCUACUAAAUACAAAAAAGUUUGCUCUAACCAUUUCAAAAGUCAGGAUUUUGUUAUCCAAGGAGCCAGAAAGCGCUUAACAGCCAAUGCAGUGCCAUCAGUUCUAGUAACGAUGCCCAUGGAAACUGUGAAGGUGAUCAGUAAUAUUCAAAUAAAACCACCAAACAUCAUGGCUCACCAAGAUGUUCCAGCUAAUUCAAUGAAAAUUGAUAUGUGUUACGAGUCAGUGCCAAAUACAUCUUCUCAGGAAAUCACGUUAAGAAAGCGACCAUUAUCUGAUUUGAGCCCUUCACUCAAUAUUCCCCAAUCCAAUAAAAGGAAAUGUGUCGCGCAUAAGUAUGUACAAACAUCAAGAGGUAAAGAAAAUAGUCAAAUAAAAAGAGAAGUUAAAAUUCUUAAACAAAAAUUAAAACGCAGAGAUUUGAAGAUUACGUCGAUGAAAAAUCUUCUUAGUGUAGUGAAAAAAAGGACUAUGCAUUAUGAAGAUAUUGAGAGUAUCAUUAGAGAUCAUUUUUGCAAUAUUUAUUCAGAAUUUAAACCUAAAAAUAAAUCUAAGAUAUCACCAGGUGUAAGAUAUAGCAAGGAACUUAAGCAGUUUGCUCUAACUCUUAAUUACUAUUCUCCACGGGCAUACAGAUUCUUGCGCACAUGCAUUAAUUUGCCACAUCCUGCUACAAUUCGCAAGAUGCUUUCUUCUGCAGAGUGUAAUGUCGGUUUCCUUAAGGAAGUUUUUGAAUUUUUAAAAUUAAAUGUCCAAACGAAUCCCGCUUUAAUUCAUGUUGCCCUGAUUUUUGACUCAAUGGCUAUUAAAUCGGAGCUCGUGUAUGAGAAAAACUCAGAUAAAACUUGGGGUUAUGUUGAUUUGGGUGGAAUUGAAAAUGUAGAUUCCUAUGAAGUGGCAAAAGAAUCUUUAAUUUUUCAAAUAGUGUCUUACACAAGAAGAAAAAGGAAUACAAUAAUAAGGGAUAAAACGAAAGGGAAGAAACGUCCAAAAUUACAACGUAGUCUUCUUCUGACAUCUCUCUUGAUUGACAACGCAGACUCAUAA